AUGGUUUUGGCCGAUCUCGGAAGAAAGCUCAAUGCUGCUCUCUCUGCUCUCAACAGAGCACCAGUUGUCGAUGAGAAAGUACUAGAUGCGACCCUCAAGGAAAUCACAGCUGCUCUCCUCGAAUCCGAUGUUAACGUCAAACUUGUAGCUUCUCUCCGACAAAAGGUUAAAGCGAAAGUAAAGGCGACUUUUGAAGGAAAUGCAGACAAAUCGAAAGAGGCCAAUAGAAAGAAUGUGAUUCAAAAGGCCGUAUUCGAUGAACUGGUCGCGUUGGUGGAUCCUGGAGUUGAGCCUUAUAAGCCUAAGAAAGGCCAAUCAAAUGUUAUCAUGGCGGUUGGCCUGCAGGGCAACGGUAAAACGACGACAUGUACGAAGCUCGCAGUGCACUACCAGAAACGCGGCUUCAAGUCCGCCAUCGUGUGCGCGGACACGUUCCGUGCCGGUGCAUUCGACCAGACACGUCAGUCCGCGACGAAGGCCAAAGUGGCCUAUUUCGGUUCGUACACAGAGACGGAUCCGGUAUCCAUCGCAGCACAGGGUGUGGCCAAGUUCAAGAAGGAGAGAUUCGAUGUUAUCAUCGUGGACACAUCUGGACGGCACAAGCAGGAGUCGGAGCUCUUCGAAGAGAUGGUGCAGAUUGGGGAGGCUGUCAGGCCAAAUAUGACUGUGCUGAUUUUGGACGCGAGUAUCGGCCAGGCGGCUGAGGCACAAAGUCGAGCCUUCAAGGACUCCGCCGAUUUCGGUGCCAUUAUCGUUACGAAGAUGGACGGCCAUGCGAAGGGAGGAGGCGCUAUUUCUGCUGUGGCGGCAACGAAAACCCCGAUUAUCUUCUUGGGUGUUGGAGAACAUCUACAUGACCUCGAUAGGUUCUCUCCAGAACCAUUUAUCUCGAAGUUGCUUGGACUCGGAGAUGUGCAAGGACUCAUGGAGCAUAUGCAAGAUCUUGCAACGCAAAAUCCUGACAAGCAGAAGGAGAUGGCCAAGAAGUUGGAAGAGGGAAAGUUGAGCAUAAGGGACUGGCGAGAACAAAUAUCGAAUGUCAUGAACAUGGGCCCAAUUAGCAAAAUUGCCUCGAUGAUACCUGGUUUACCUCAAGACCUGCUUCAGGGUUCGGACGAAGAGGGCUCGUUGCGGAUGAAACGGAUGAUCUACAUCACAGAUAGCAUGACCGCCAGUGAGCUUGAUUCUGACGGCUCGCCGUUUAUGGAGCUAGAAAAGGACGGCAAGCCCGUUGGUUUGACAUGGAGAGUGACAAGAGUUGCUCGGGGCAGCGGCACUAGCGUGCGGGAGGUGGAAGAGCUGCUAUGUCAGUAUCGGAUGAUGGCGAAUAUGGCCAAGCAGGCUGGAGGCAAGAACGGAUGGCUACAAGCGAUGCAGAAGAUGCAGGCCGCUGCUGGUGGCAAAGGUCGUGGCGCUGGCGGCAUGCCCACACCCGCUCAAAUCCAGGCAAUGCAGCGCUCAAUGCCACCUGGAAUGUUGCAGCAAAUGCAGAAGCAGCUUCGAAACGGUGGUGGUAUGCAGGAGAUGAUGAAGGCGAUGAUGCAAAGCCAAGGUGGAGAUCAACUAGACAUGGAGGAAAUGCAAAGAAUGAUGCAGCAAAUGGGAGGUGGACUGGGAGGGUUAGGCGGCCUAGGUGGGUUGGGGGGUCUAGGAGGCCUCGGAGGAGGGAUGGCAGACAUGCUCAAAAUGAUGGGAAUGGGUGGGGCUGGCGGCGGACGCUAA